UGCAUGUGGCUGCUAAACCGGUCUGAUCAGUAUCAUAGUUCAGUCCUGUAAGUGAAUACGUCUUGUUGAAUGAGCAGAUCGAACAGACAGGAAAAAGAGCGAAAGGGAGCAAAUACUGAAAGGGAAAGAGAAAACAACAGCAGCAAAGAUAAACAGGGGAGAUGAAGAUAAAGAACCACACAAGGAGAAUGGACAGCAGAGAAGGACAGGGUGAAAGUCUAGAGUUAUGACCGAGCUAUAAACACAAUCACAUGUUACUUGCAUAUAGAUAUAUGGAGGAAUCAGUCUAAUGAGGCCCGCAUGGAUUCGAUUGUCUCAGAACACACACAUACUCUACCUUAUCUUCUGUGUCUGCCAUUACACUCAGGCCAUCACCAUCCAGGUGCCGAGGAGUCCUAUCACGGCACCGGUUGAGGGAAGUGCUCUUUUCUCCGUGGACAUCACAUCCACCGGGACUCCAGCGAUCAGAUGGAUGUUCAGUUCUGUGAGCAAACAGCAAAGCAUCGCAGCUUGGAUCCUCGGUGGCGCUGCAAACAUCACAAAAAUGUACGAGGGACGAGUGCAGACUCAUCCCAACGGCUCUCUAACCAUAACCGACCUACGUCUACGAGACUCUGGCUAUUACACCAUCACUGUGACUGAACCGUCUGGAAACAGCAAGGACGUGUGUAUGGUGUUGAGUGUAUAUGAGGUGCUGUAUGAGGACAUUCAGUACUUUAUCGUGUUCAUCAUUGUGUUGGGGACGCUGGCUGCAUUUCUGAUGCUGUGCAUGUGGCUCUUGAAUAGACUACACAACUUCAUAAAGGCAUGGAGACAACAGAGAUGCUUACCAGAGCACAAUGAGACUGAACUACAGCCACUGUGACCGAAACAAACAGCUUAGGACCACAUUUAGUGAUUGACCAGAUGAGUGAUGAACUUCACGUCUGCCACGAGCGUUAAUUUCCCUCUACAGCCUCAGACGAGUGUUCAGUCAGACAGACAAUAACACUGAACUCUCCACACGCUGCUGCGGACCGGCAACAGGACAAUCACAUACUCAUACAUGUGUUAUUAUACACAGAAAUGGUCAAAGGACUUCCUCUCAAACACCAGAUGGUGGGAAAUUUAUGAAUGUUCUUUGUGUGUUAUUUUUAAUGGAUGAAUGUUUUUAAAAAUCAUUGGAUAUUGCAGGGCCAAAUUUUCAUUUGUGGUUCAGGUACCAAUCCUAGUGAAAUUCCUGUUAUGUUUAGUGUACAAAUGUCUCUUAUGAAACAAAAAGAUUUGAAUGUGGCUCAGUGUCAUGAUUGCUAAAUAGUAAUAUCUAACAAACAGCAUAUUUAGACAAAAAUGCAUAUUUUAUAUAUAUAAUUUCUUUUCUUUUUGUUCCCUAAUUUUUUGGAUCGCAUGUCUGAUCUUUUUGGUUGUAAAGGUUCAAAAUAAGUAUCUUUGUAUAAUGAUGAUUACAUGCACUAUUUGUUCUCAUUAAACAUGGUUUGUCUUUAGAUUUUCCAGUGUAUAGAAGGAUUGCUUUCUUCUGUUUGUACCUGUGUCCCUGCAGCACAGAAGCAGUCAUCAGUAGCACAGGUAUAUCUGUAGCAAUAGACAACAAUACAUUGUAUGGGUCAAAAUUAUACAUUUCUCUUUUAUGAC